GCGCUGUACAGACCGAUCGGCGUAUGACGUAAAAGUAUCGCGUGAGCUAUGCUAAGCUAGGCAGUCGAAUCUCUCUCGCGGUAUUUUGAUGUCAUAAACCAUUGCUCUGCGCUGCACGAAGUCCUAACAAAUACUACUAUGGCGAAUACAUGAAUAUUCAUAAGCAAAGACUUCGCCAUAGUUGAAAUAAUAAUGUUGCGGUGCCGUCGGCUCAUGAUAUCAACAACAACAACCAGUCGAGCAGCCAAUCAGGGAGAGGCACUGGCUCCCUGUGCAAAGAGGACAUACAGUAGGCUACUGUAGCUUAUGCAAACAUGCCCGAAGUUCCCAGUAGAGACCCCGAGUACUCAGAUAAUACUCCAAAGAAAAGAAAGCGAGAGGACAUCGACUAUUUUCCUUCUCAAAAGAAAUUCCGCUGGGGUAUCUUGACUAGUCAAGGUUCAUGGGCAGAUCGAUCUCCGCUGCAUGAAGCUGCGUGUCAGGGUCGACUGUUGGCACUUAAGACACUUCUUUCACAGGGUUACAAUCCAAAUAUCAUCACUAUUGAUCAUGUGACUCCACUGCAUGAAGCCUGUCUCGGAGAUCAUGUAGCGUGUGCCAGGGCUCUCAUAGAGGCAGGUGCCAAUGUGAAUGCCACCACCAUCGAUGGUGUGACCCCGCUGUUCAACGCCUGCUCGGCAGGAAGUGUCACUUGCACAGAAGUGCUGUUGGAACACGAAGCAAAACCACAGUCAGAAGUGUGCCAACCUUCACCCAUUCAUGAGGCCUCUAACAAAGGCAGGGCAGCAUGCUUGGAGUCUCUUAUCGCAUGGGGAGCGGAUGUAGAUUAUGACAUUCCCCAUCUAGGAACACCGCUCUACAUUGCCUGCAUUUCCCAGGAACUCCAAUGUACACAGAAACUUCUGGAUGGAGGUGCCAAUGUUCAGAAAGGCCGUUUUUUGGACACGCCGCUUCAUGCAGCAGCACAGAAGGACUGUCCAGAAAUCAUCAAAGUGCUACUAGAGUUUGGCGCUAACAUCAACGCUCGUAACGUAGAGCUACAGAGGCCAGUGGAGACGGCGCCACCUGGCAGCAUGGCAGAGGGCAUGCUUCUGCUUUAUGAAGCCACACCGAGGUCUUUGUGUCAGCUUUGUAGGCUGAGUAUCCGGAAUUACAUGGGCCGAUCCCGACUGCAUCUGAUCCCUCACCUCAAACUGCCUAAUCUUCUCAAAAGUUUCCUUCAGUAUAGAUAGACAUAAUACAUACCCUCCACAAAACUCUCUCGCUUUUCUUAUAUAAGUGCAUUCAUAUAUCAAUGGUCACCAAACCAUGUUUGUGACCACGCACAGAAAACACAACUUGCCUUUUAUUUAACUUCUUUUAACAUGUUUUUGUUCUUAAAAUACUGAUAUAUUUUUGUGCAAGUUAUAUUUUGCUAAAUAAUAUCUGGAGACAAUUACUGUAAGUUAUUUGUAACCUAUGCAUUAACACUAACUGCAUGUAUAUUAUGAUACCAAUGUAUUACAUGGAAUCGAUGUUGUUAUGCCUUGAUGUGGAAUGUAAGCAGUAAUUGGUAACACUUUACAAUAAGAUUCAUUAGUUUACAUUAGUUAACAUGAACUAAUAAUGAACUGCACUUAUACAGCAUUUAUUAAUGUUAAUUUCAACAAUUACUAAUACUUUAGUAAAAUCUUGUUAAUCGUAGUUAAUGCACUGUGAACUAACAUGAACAAACAAUUAAACGCUUUAUUUCUAUUAACUAACAUUAACAAAGAUUAAUAAAUACUGUAACAAAUGUAUUGCUCAUGAUUUGUUCAUUAUUGUAAAGUGUUACCCAAUAAAUUUAAUCUUUAAAAAUUAUUAACAGCAGUAUGCAAAAACUAAAGAUGCUUUUAUGGUUUUUACAGUAAUCUGUUGAACCAUUUACAUCAUAACACUAUGAUCAAAGGGAAGUUCACAUCCAAGGUUGUCCAAUACUUUUCAAUUUUUUU